AUGUGUCCCGUGGCCGCAGCCCUGAUUAUGGGGGUGCGAGCUGACAUGGACUCGGGUAAAGCUCAUAACUUCUGCCUGUGCUGCGAGGAGGGGGGGACAGUGGGACAUGAUGCAGCGGAGACCUUCUCUUUCCACUGGUGGGACCACGUCUUCAACGAGGCGGCUGGCAACAUCGCGGUGGAAUCUGGGCAGGAUGGCAUCUCCAUGAAGACACUUUCUGAGCAGGGAGUCAGGAUCAGCAAUAAGAAGCCUCGCAAGGCUGGCAGAACUGGCAGCAUGCUCUACGGCCGCUUCGUGAAGGAGGCAAGGCUGGGGUACCCCAUCCACGCCAUGCGGCAGUGGGGAGGGCUGACAGAUGAGGAGCUGAUGCGAGCGUGUGGGGGCCGCACAGCACACAAGGGUGCCCGUCACGGCCUGACCAUGAGCGCCAAGCUGGCACGCCUGGAGGAGCAGGAGCGAGCCUUCCUGGCCACGUACCGACACAAGGAGCGGCAGCAGCAUCCAGAGAGCAGCCCCCCAGCAGGGAGGCAGGAAAAAAGAAAGAAGAAAAAAAGGAAACAGUUCAGGGAUGGAGCCGAUCCCGAGGUGUUGCAGAGCCAGGCGCCAAGCGGAGAAGAGGAGGUGGAGCCCAGCGCUGUGGCCCAGCUGCGCGUUCGCUGCCUGGGGAUGCCGGGCCGGGACUGGUUGGUCCGGAGCUGCAAUGAGCUUUAUUUCACUCCCUGA